AUGACCCAUCCACUUUUGAUGUCCGAAACAACUGUCCCUACACAGUUUGGGCAGCAGCCGUGCCCGGUGGCGGCCAGAGGCUUGACAAAGGCCAAACAUGGCAAAUCAACGUCCCUGCCGGCACGAAACAAGCCCGUAUCUGGCCUCGAACCAACUGCAACUUCGACGGGGCCGGUCGGGGCAGCUGUCAAACCGGUGACUGCAAUGGCCUCCUACAAUGCCAAGGUUUUGGUGUACCACCAAACACAUUGGCUGACCACAUUUGAUAUCAUAAAUCAAUGUUCCUACACCGUCUGGGCGGCUGCUUCCCCUGAUGGAGGCAGGCGACUCGACCAGGGCCAAUCCUGGAAUCUCAAUGUGAACCCUGGCACGACCAAUGCUCGUAUUUGUGGCCGAACCAAUUGCAACUUUGAUGCCAAUGGCCAAGGCAGAUGUGAGACCGGUGACUGCAACGGUCGCCUCGAAUGCCAAGGCUAUGGCACACCACCAAACACCCUAGCUGAAUUUGCCCUAAACCACCAAACAAGCUUGUUCACUUGCCCUAGUGGCACCAACUACAGAGUGGUGUUCUGCCCAUGA